AUGAAGCGUGGGUGGAAUGCAGAGCUCUCGGCCCAUGUGCUGCUCACGGCAAAGUUCCAGGUUCUGAACCCGAUCUACAUCGCGAAGGUCCUCUACUGCCGUCUUCAGAUCUCCUUCUCCCUGGAUGAUGAUGCAGAAUGUGUGAGGAGCAAAGAGGUGGUUUAUCAGCGCCUUAACGGCUCAUUGGUGAAGCUACACUGGCUUUUCACCGACAACAAGGAGUUUCUGAGGGAGAAAGCGCUCUACCCUCAAGCGAUUGAAGUCGUCCUCAAGGAUGUUUCGGCGACGAUCGAGAUUGACCUGCUGAUCGAGCGUUUCGUGACUUACAACUUGGCGAAUCGGAAGCGUCCGGCCUUCUUACGCGCAUCCUGCUUCCACCGCGUGUUGCAUCCGGUGACUGGAGCGGAUACCGAUGUUGUCAAGGGACUGGUGCAGGAGGUGCUGGGGAACCCCAGCUGUGACCGGAGGAAGGCACUGCUGGAUGAAAAGGAAGGGCAACUCAAAGAGUAUCAGGCGACGAGAAGGGAUCGGCGUCACCUGAUGGCAGGCCUGGAUGCGGAAAUGUCGGGGGAGAUUUCCGGGAAGCAGCUCUCGAGGCAGUUGAAGGCGAGGAGAAGCCGCACGCAGAUUCUGGAACUGAAUGUCGCGGGAGGUCCGGUUGCUGACUCAAAACGUUUUCUCUCGGCGGCCUCAGACUUCUUCAGGGCGAUUUUCGGAGCGGAUCGAAGAACAGACUUCAGUGAUUGGUCUCCAAUCCCGGAACGUUACCUCGGUCGUGCGGAAGCUGGGGGGCUGGAAGCGGAUAGGACAGAGGAAGAGGUCAAAGCGGCUUUCAAAGACAUGGCGAAAAACAAAUCGCCGGGGCUGGACGGGUUACCAAAAGAGCUCUUUGAAAACAACUGGGAUCUGCUGGGGGGAAGUUUCAUGUCGCUGGUCAAGGACUUCACCGCAACUGCAAAGCUUCCCGCUGAAACGAAAGGGGCGGUGACAAUUCUUAUGCACAAGAAGGGGGAGAAGAAUCAGCUGGGAAACUACCGUCCUAUCACUCUGCUCAAUUUCACCUUCAAAAUUCAGGCGAAAGUGCUGGCGGACAGAUUGAAAAAGGUGCUGCACAAGGUGAUCUCUCCUGAGCAAUACGAUUUCAUACCCGGACGCAAGCUCACUGACGCGGUUGCUCUGGUUGCCGAUAUCAUUGAUGCGGCGAAAAAUGGAAACAAGGACUGGCAUUUGCUGCUCGUCGACUUUCAAAAGGCGUUCGACUCGGUCUCAAGGAGUUUUAUCUUCCAGGUCCUAAGGAAGAUGGGCCUCCCAGUCCGUUUCGUUGGCUGGGUUGAAGGGCUGCACGCACAGACGACGACGCGGAUGCUAAUCAACGGGUGGUUGGGAGAAGGAAUUGGCGUGGAAUCGGGUGUGAGGCAAGGUUGUCCGUUAGCACCUUACCUCUUCCUGUGUGCGGUCGAGCCAUUGGUGCAAGAAGUGGAGAGGAAGCAGCUGGGGUUGUGCGACACUGCAUCAGGGAAACGCUUGUCGUACCUGGGGUAUGCCGACGACACCACCUUGAUCCUGGAGGGAAAGCAGCAGAUCAAGGAGGCCGAGGAGGUGUUAGAGGAGUUUGAGAAGAAAUCCGGGCUGGCAACCAACAAAGAGAAAUCGGUGGUGCUGUCGUUGGGAGCAAACCUAGGAAUGCCGUCAGAGGGAUCCUUCAAAUGGGCCGGGCCGAAGGAUGCAGAACGUCUCCUGGGAGUGUGGGUUACGCCGGACGGCAGUUGCCUGCCAACAUGGGAAAAGACGCUUGGGGGAGUAACAAAGAAGCUGACCGGUUGGCGGCAAAAAUACCUCACAGAAAAGGCGCGGACGACGGUGUCAAAUUGCUACAUCUCGCCAAUGAUCGCUUUUCAAGCGCUGGUGUAUCCUCCCCCAAAGGAAAUAUGGGCCGAGACGGAGAGGCUUCUGUACAACUUCGUCUCUGGGAAUAAAGCUACCCCAGCGAAAGACUUUGUGUUGUGGAGCAAGGAGCUGCUCUACACGCCGCGGAAAGGGGGGGGACUUGGAGUUCAGGAUCCCAACGUUCUGUUGGAGUGUUUGUCGGCCAGAAGAGUGGGUCUUUUGAUGACGGAAGCUGAUGAGCUCAAACGGGAGCUGAUGCUGAAGGCAGCUGAUCUUCCGCUAGGACUUGACACCUUCAUAUCGCACGACAAGCUCCUGAAGAAUUGGGAAGGGAGGAGUCAGAGCUGGAAACAAACGUGUGAGGCUUUCAUGAAGUCGCCCCUCUGA